AUGCCAUCACAAAAGCAAGUCAAGCCCGACAGCGGAAAGACCAGAAAGCGAAAGAGGAAGAGCAUCAACAAGGACCGACAACCAGAGGAUGAUGUACCAGCAGCAACCGCGGCGGUGGACAUGACAGAGAACAUCCCCAAUGUUGCUCAUCAACUCCCAGAAAAGGAUGCCGCCGGUAGUAAGCGUCGGAAGAAGGCCGUCAAAUCUGCCGAUGCACCCGGCGAGGAAUCGAAAAACAUCGAUGACGACCACUCUCAAGCGGAGGAGGAUCGUGUUCAAGCAAAGCCGCAACCCAAAAAGCAAAGCAAGAUGCAAGUCGACGAGGUGAAAGAGGACGACAUAGCCACUGAUGGUGUUUUGACCAAGCGCCGCUUCGACGAACUCAACCUCUCAGAGAAGACCAUACACGCCUUGAAGGACAUGACUUUCGAACGCAUGACCGAGGUCCAGGCUCGCUGCAUCCCGCAUGGCAUGGCCGGACGCGAUGUUCUUGGUGCAGCUCGCACUGGUUCGGGGAAGACCCUCGCAUUUGUCAUCCCGGUCAUUGAGCUGCUGUCGAAGGUGAAAUGGACAAACCGUCAUGGCACGGGUGCCGUGGUUAUUUCGCCGACUCGUGAGCUGGCUCUCCAGAUUUACGGUGUUGUCGCCGAUAUAUGCAAGUAUCACUCGCAGACGUAUGGUAUUUGCAUGGGCGGUGCCAAUCGCAAGAUGGAGGCCGAUAAGCUCCAGAAAGGAGUUGCUAUUCUCGUUGCUACUCCGGGGCGCCUUCUCGAUCAUUUGCAGAACACCCCCGGGUUUGUCCAUAAGAAUCUCGCCGUCUUGGUUAUCGACGAGGCCGAUCGAUGUUUGGAGAUUGGCUUUGAGGAGGAAAUGCACCAGAUCAUAAAGACACUUCCGAAGAAGCGGCAGACAAUGCUCUUUUCAGCAACUCAGACCACGAAAGUGGAGGACCUCGUGCGCGUGUCGUUUAAGAACAAGCCAGUGUAUGUUGGUGUACACGACAAAGGUGAGGUAUCAACGGUUAGCGGUCUCGAACAAGGCUUUGUCAUUGUGCCGAGCGAAAACCGUUUCAUUCUCUUGUACACCUUCCUUCGCCGCAAUUUGAAGAAGAAGAUCAUUGUCUUCAUGUCGAGCUGCAACGCCGUGAAGUUUUACUAUGAGCUCUUGAAUCAUGUCGAUAUUCCCGUGUUGGAUCUCUACGGCAGGCAAAAGCAAAACAAGCGUACAACUACGUUUUACAAGUUUUGCAAGGCAGAAAAGGCUAUUUUGAUAUGCACGGAUGUCGCAGCGAGGGGGCUUGACAUUCCAGCAGUUGACUGGAUUAUUCAAUUUGACCCUCCUGAUGAGCCGAAAGAAUACAUUCACAGAGUCGGAAGAACUGCUCGCGGAGUCAAUGCCAAGGGAAAGGCUUUGCUUUUCUUGCUUCCUUCUGAAAUGGGUUUCUUGCGGCACUUGAAAGCUGCUAGAGUGCCGCUAAAUGAAUAUGAGUUCCCAGAAAAGAAAAUGGCUAAGGUGCAGCCUCAACUGGAAAAGCUUAUCGGUGAAAACUAUGCGCUGAAUCGUUCAGCCAAAGAUGGGUACCGAUCAUAUUUGCAAUCCUAUGCGAGUCAUGGCAUGAAAAACAUCUUCAACGUACACGAACUGGAUUUGAAUGCCGUGGCAGCCAGCUUUUGUUUUGACAACCCCCCAAGAGUGAACCUUAACAUGAUGGGAAGUGCAAAAGCGCCACGGAGAAGGGGUGGCGGAGGUGGUGUUGGUCAGGGUUACAAAAACAACGAUAAGCUGCGCGGCGUAAUUAGACAACGAAACACUGGCCAUGCUUUCUCCGCCUCCAACCCAUAUGGAAAACGUGGUGAUUCGGACGCAAGGCAAUUUACACAUUGA